GGUUAUCUACCUGUCAUGUGACCUGACACGGAAAUGGCUGCUGUGCACGACGCACAGUAGGUUAGCUCCGCUCGGUUCUGUUCGGGGUCAAUGGACGGGUUUGUGGAGGUUGCAGAGGCUGACCUUUGACCUGUUACAGGGAGGCGCGCGUGUCAGACUAGGCGCGCUGUAAGGGUUUAACUAAGAACGGACUCUCAGUGAGUUUACGUGCUCCGUCAGCCCCGCCGGCCCUAUCUCAUCGAAACUCAGGUGUCAUGCCGGUCCUGGCCAUGGCGGAACCUGCAGUGGAUCAUCACAAACGCUUUCAGACUGCUGUUGACAUCAUUCACAACCUCCCCAAGAAUGGUUCCUAUCGGCCCUCUUACGAGGUGAUGCUUCGGUUCUACAGUCUGUACAAGCAAGCAGUGUUUGGACCAUGUCAUGUUCCCCGUCCCUCCUUCUGGGAUCCAGUGGGUCGAUACAAAUGGGAUGCCUGGAGCCGCCUGGGAGAGAUGAGUCGAGAUGCAGCCAUGUCGGCGUAUGUGGAGGAGAUGAAGAAAGUAGCUCAGGAGGUCAUUGACACAAUGCCGAUGAAUGAGACCGCAGCAUCAUUCUUCCACUACUUUAAGCCUCUCUACCAAGUGAUUGAUGACAUGCCAAGGCCUCCAAGAUCUCUGUUUUCAUUCAGGGGAGGUCCUGAUGGCAGUCCUGAUGAUCCAGCAGAGAUGGAAGCUUCCAGUGGGACUGGCUCCAGCGAGAAUGGCCCUGCUGAAGUUGUGGAGCUCACAGCCACGAGGGCGAACGACGUGAAGGGGACUGAGGGAUUCACACUGACCAGCGACUCUGAGAGUGAGGUCUUCUGUGACUCUGUGGAUACAGUGGAGCAGCUGUACGGCACCAAGGUUCUGCUCCUCCCAGCCAACAACCACACGUCUCCGCCUGUUCAGAACCAGCAUUUGCAUGGACUUGCACAGGGAAGACGUGUUGGAGCCGGUCAGGGUGGAGAGAGAGCUGAGGACAGGAAAGGCCCGGGUCUGUCUCGGAGGGGUCAGAACUCUGGCCAAGAUGGUUCCCACUACGGCUGGAGAGAACGGGAUGUUUCUCAAGCAGCCAUGAGGCGAGGAGGCUUAGGUGGUGGUGGAGGUGGGCAAGGUGGAGGUGAUGGUUUUGAGGGUGGAACAGAAAGGCAGGACACCCACCUGCAGCUGCAGAUCACACUUGCUCUGCAAAGGCUCAGGCAGGACAUGAGGAGUGUGAUGGAGCGGCUGGAGGCAGUGGAGAAGCUCGCCACCUCACAGGCACAGGGUGCUAAGUGGAGGACAUGUGUUCAGUGUGCCACAGCUGCUCUUCAGCAGACGCCGACCUGUGACCUGCUCAUAGGCUGUGUCCUGUCGUUCUCUCAGGAGGAGUCUUGGUGGCCAUUGGAUAUGUCCCCUCACACCGUGCUGCUCUUCCUGCUGUGGCCGUUUGUCGCUCAGGGUCUGGUUCUCCUGCUGAAAAAAGCUCACCAGAGGAGCCGCACAUUGUCAUGAGAUGAACAGAAGCUCUGAAGAAGCUCCACAUCUCUGCUGUUCUAUGGAAGGACACCCCAAUGUGGUUUUCAGAAUCCAUGGCAGCACAGAACUGAACCCCAAUCGGGUCUUGACACCUGAAGAUGGACCUCCUUGGUCUGAUAUGACAUUUGAUUUGUCUUCAUGUCUUGUUUGAGUGAAUGAAUGACUGGGAAUAUGAUUGUAUGAUAAUGUUUGCUUUUGGAAAUCCUCUAAGUUGCAGAAAGCCCCAGCAGGUGACAGCCCUUUCCCUGUAGAAUGGGGUAAUAAAGGAUCUCCUUACUGUUUGGA